GAGGCUGCAGCGGACUGCCCUUCGUAAAGAUGGCGUCGAAGAUGGGUUCGCGACGGUGGAUGCUGCAGCUGAUCAUGCAGUUGGGUUCGGUGUUGCUCACACGCUGUCCCUUCUGGGGCUGCUUCAGCCAGCUCAUGCUGUACGCAGAGAGGGCCGAGGCGCGCCGGAAGCCCGACAUCCCAGUGCCCUACCUGUACUUCGACAUGGGGGCGGCCGUGCUGUGCGCUAGCUUCAUGUCGUUUGGAGUAAAGCGGCGCUGGUUCGCGCUGGGGGCCGCACUCCAGCUGGCCAUUAGCACCUACGCCGCCUACGUCGGGGGCUACGUCCACUACGGGGACUGGCUGAAGGUCCGUAUGUACUCGCGCACAGUUGCCAUCAUCGGCGGCUUUCUUGUGCUGGCCAGCGGUGCUGGGGAGCUGUACCGACGGAAACCCCGCAGCCGUUCCCUCCAGUCCACCGGCCAAGUCUUCUUGGGCAUCUACCUCAUCUGUGUGGCCUACUCGCUGCAGCACAGCAAGGAGGACCGGCUGGCGUAUCUGAACCAUCUUCCAGGAGGAGAGCUGAUGAUCCAGCUGUUUUUCGUGCUGUAUGGCGUCCUGGCCCUGGCCUUCCUGUCAGGUUACUAUGUGACCCUGGCUGCCCAGAUCCUGGCUGUACUGCUGCCCCCGGUCAUGCUGCUCAUUGACGGCAAUGUUGCCUACUGGCACAACACGCGGCGCGUUGAGUUCUGGAACCAGAUGAAGCUCCUUGGAGAGAGUGUGGGCAUCUUUGGAGCCGCCGUCAUCCUGGCCACUGAUGGCUGAGUUGCAUGGCAAGAGGCUGAGAUGGGUGCAGGGAGCCACUGAGGGCCACCUUACCUUCCUCCUUGCUGGCCCAGUUAUGUUUAUUUAUGCUUUUUGUUCUGUUUGUUUGAUAUUUUCUUUGUGUGUAUGUAUGUGUUGGUACGAGGCAGGUCUUUUCCCCAGUUCCUGGGCUUGGCCCUUGUAGGGGUGGGAGCCCUGAUGAUGAUGCCUUACAGGUUUUUGUUCCUGUUCAUUAGGAGGAGAGCUGAGGCCAGCUGCUCCCCUGGGUCUGCCUGUCCCAGAGAAGGGAAUAAGGCUGGGCUAGGGUGGGGAUACUGAGUGGGAGACAGAGGAAGGAAGACCGAGAACCGGAAGUGAGCGUAUGUGAAAAUCCCUUUUGAACCUGGCAGGUACAGCUAGACUCUGCUUUUCGGAGACUAAGAGUGAGUAUGCAUGUUGACAUGUGGAUGAGGCCCGGGAGGAGCAGAGGGGCUGGGCUCUACAGAAGUCACGUGGGUUCUCAGGGUAUGCCAAGGGCAGAAACAGCACUAGCUGUCACCCACCUUGAGAGCAGAACAGGCCCCAGUCUACUCUGGGCUGUGCAGGGGUGGGAAGGCAGUGCCAGCUUCCCCCCUCCUGCCUUCUGUUUCCAGCUCCAUGGUUGGCCUGGAGGGGUGAGUCCUUCCCAGACACCAGACUACACAGUCCUCCAAAAAUAAACAUUUUAUAUAGA